CAGCAAUCCAGCACACUCCAGACAAGUUGAAAUGCAAGAGUAGGGAAAGGGUUCAGCAAGCGCGAACACUCAGCAAGUACACAACCUGUACCGCAGAUGCCUCGCUCACCGACCUCUGGUGAUUGCCCAAGCGGCGCCUACGCUUCCAGAUGGGACGCGCCGCCCUCCUCGCGCCGAAGGACAGGGUCACUGCGGUCAAAAUCUCCAGAAGGCCGUGAUCGCAACGAGAGCUCGGGACGCUACGAAAGUGUUCAUCGGUACCAUGGUGAUGAUGAUGAUGGGUGGCAAAGCUCAAGAGCUGGACCCUCGUCGCGGCCGUACAAUGGCCGCGAAGAGCGCAGCGACCGCUAUGUGCCUCCUCGCCGUCCGCGAUCAAGGUCGCCGGACUUUUCACGGGACAGAGCGAGAGAGCGGGCCCGGUACGAUGCAUCGGGGAAUGGCGGCGGUAGUGGUGCUAAUGUUGCGGCACCUCCAGGAGGAAUUGGGGAGAUGGAGACAGCGGAGGCGAAGCCGAAUUUCGAGCGCUCGGGGUUACUCGCGGCUGCUUCGAAUAAUGUGAACGGUGUCGCACUCAAGUACCACGAACCACCAGAUUCAAGAAAGCCUAAGAAGCAGUGGCGUCUCUACGUUUUCAAGGACGGCAAGGAGAUCGAUCUGCAUCACAUUUCUCGACAAUCGUGCUAUCUAUUUGGAAGAGACAGAGCGGUGGUGGAUAUUCCUAUCGAUCAUCCUUCCUGCUCGAAACAACAUGCGGUGCUGCAGUAUCGCCUUAUUGUUGAGCGCAACGAGUUUGGCGACGAGAAGCGAAGGGUAAAGCCAUUUUUGAUCGACCUCGAGUCUGCCAAUGGAUCGGCAGUGAACGACCAGGACAUCCCUCCAUCGCGUUACUACGAGCUCAAAAGCGGCGACACGAUUCACCUAGGAGCAAGCUCUCGAGAAUACGUGCUCCUUGCUGAAGAGUGAUGUAGCGAUGGCAUGGCAAUAUUCCGUCAGGUUAGAUUAGUCGAAGCUCUAAGCUCCCCUUUCUCAACUGUAGCAUACGGCCUGACGGCGUGAAGACAGUCCAGUCC